AUGCCGUUUGCUCCGAUGAGCUAUCCCCCGAUGCCAACGGGGUCCUCAGAUCCCCCAAUGCCGUAUCACGGUUUAGACGGACAUGUCUCACACCAACGGUCAACGUCAGCCGUUCACCCGAAAGACGUCCCAGUUGACGCAGAUAAUCACCGCGAAGAAGGCGAAGUUAGUGAGGAAUCGGAUGAAAGGUCACUACAACCGACGACGCGUAAGGCUACGCGCCAGCAUUUGGAUCUGGAAGAAGGAGAAACGAUAUCUUCUAGCGCACAGUCCGCUAGGAGUACAUACAACCCUCCUUUGUCAGUCUCAGCAGACGCAAACAUGGCCCUCCAUGCGAUGCAGCCUCAGCUGCAAGACCUACCUGCAACUGCCCCAGCUCCUCCACCUUCAAAAUCAGCGGCGCAGCUACGAAUUCAAGCCCAAGGCGCUUUGCUUAGCCUGGCGCCCCAUAAUAUUCGCUACAAUGAACUGGUCGCGGAGGGUAUCGACCCAGUGAUCUUAAAACGCCUUUAUGAAGAAGUGGGCAUCAAGGUCACCACAUCAUCUGGGCAAGGUCCACCAGUUCCUGAGAAGGCCUCCGCGGCGGCCGAAGUUGCAAGCAAGGGACUAGGAUCUAACAAACCAGCUGAGGUGCCCAAGGUAGCGAACGAGAGUCACAGCAUCGCGAAGUCCGAUUUGCCAGUGCCCUCACCUUCUGCCCCAUCCGUCGCCCCUUCUUCCAAAGCUGGCAAGCCUCUAGAGCGAAAAGAACUCAUCGCCCGGAUGCUAGCUGAGAAAGCUGCGAAGGCGACAUCCAAAGAGACUUCACCAACUGGCAGUGCGAAAUCUCCAUCUGCAGUACCAGUCGAUGAAACCCGUCCGGUUCGGAAGGAAAAUCUCAUGAAGGAGAAGAGCAAAGCCCAGACGGAGUUGGCAAGGCAGCGAAUUGAAGAACUCAAAAGACAGACUCUACUGAAGACCCAGAAACUGGCUCAGGCAAAUCUGCCGUCAGCCCAGUUAGAACCUCCGGUGCCAGCUAUUCAACACCCGCUCCCUCUUCGGCCUCCUGUGCCUGAAUCUCAUCGCUCAGCUGGGCUUCCAGGCCUCCUCAUGACUGAAAUGGAGCAGGAGCCAACUGGAAAUCUUGCAUCUGAGCCGGUACAAAUGAACGACGUUGACGCAACAGCGAUGUCUCAAGCAACCCAACGCAAGCGGCCUCGCGCUUCCGAUUUCGAUGAGCCAGUUGCACCUCCGAAGAAGCAUUUUAACCCGCCUGCGACUCGGUUCGACCCUAAUGAUAAACUCAUCAUUGCAAUCAGCGACGAUGAAUCACUCUACGGCGAUGAUGAGGACGACAAAAUGGAGUUGGCUUCGAGCCCAGAACAGGAACAAGCCCCGAUAGUGACCUCGACCAUCCCGAAGCCUAGUGUCCAAUCAAAUCCUCCUGCCGCCCGGGCUUCGACAGCUACACCACAAGCACCUUCUAGUCUCAGUGAUCAAGGAGACAUUCGACUUAAAGACAUGGAAAUUCAAGCUAUGCGCCGCAAGAUUGCGGAGCUGGAGUUAAGAAGGAAAUCGAAGCUCGCUGCCAGCCGAACGCAGUCACCUCGAAUCCUGGAUGACUCUGGGGCAUCAUCAUCCGGUGGACAAUCCAGUGUGGUCCCAGCUAGUUCUGAAGAAGAUUCUUCAAAGACUAAACCGACGACGGCCGCCCCUGAUACGCCCAUGCCGGUUGCCCCGGUUGCUCCGGUUUCUCCCGUUGCCCAACUAGACGCACUAGCGGAAGGCGCUGCCACCCGAGAACCGCUUGAAGAAGCCUAUGUUGAUGAAGUGGCAAACGGUGUAAUCGAUAGCACCGCAGAGACAUCGGCUUCAUUCGAGUCCGAUUCUGCUGGGUCGGCUAUGCAAGAAUCUGAUGAUAGCAGCAGUGAUAGUUCCGAUUUGUCCAGCGAGAGUGAGGAGGGACCUGCUAUCUCGCCAGCGCAAGCCGACGUCGACACUGCUACUGGGCCGUCAUUCUCAGGGCCUAUGGAGAUUGACUCUUCAGAGCGAUCUGCGUCUCGGAGCUCGCCUUCUGCCAUCACCCACCCUAGUGCAACUUCUGCCGAUGAAUACGUUUCUCAACAUCACCUUAGCGAACUUUCCCAGCGUGAAAUGUCUACGGAGUCCGACGGUUACGAGCCCCCAGAGCCUGAUGCUGAAGCACAGUCUGAAGGCUCGAGUUACAGCCCUCCUCCAUUCAGCCCCGCUCUUUCCGGUUUCGUAGAAAACACAGCAGCCUCGGCACCAUCAUUUGACUUGACUCAAGCUGAUGAAGAACUAACCAGCACACCUCAGGUGUCAGACCCAUUACCUCGGCCGGAUUUACAGGUUGGCGCUCCUGGCACUGAAGCAUCCGCGGCCAUUUCGGAGCAAAGAUUCACUCCGUACACCAGCCCACUGCGAACUUUCAAGGCUUAUCGCUACCACCCGCAUUAUACCGAAGACGUUCCGAGUGGCUACCGCUCGCUAACUUACAGUCAUAAUAUUGAUUCCAUGAAAUACAUGUGUCCAUAUGAGUUGGCCGGGGGUGUCUGCAAUGACCGAUCCUGCGAGUUUCAGCAUCUUCGUGACAUGACUCUAAGCGAGCCGUUAACCUCGACAGACGACAAGAUUCUUGUCCAGAUGGGCUCUGUCCGAGAGGGUCAAACCGAAGAAGAAAAAGAAGAAUAUCUCGCUGGUCUGAAAGAGAUUAUCAACGACUUACGGCGUGACAAGGUGAAAGAUUUCAACACUGUGGCCUCCGAGAUAGCCGCAUACCGUAGGCGCUUCCUCCAAGACCCGUCGCGUGUCUUGUCCCUGUAA